GACGAUCGGUUGUGCCAUUGUUUGUCUAUCGCUCUGACACCAGUAGCAUAUUCUACAGGGAUCCAGAUUGAUCUCGUUUGUGUGUUUUAGGUUUUAAUCAUUAAAUUAUAUAAAUAAUUCCCACUAGUUAGAAAGUGUUAGCAUAAUUGCGUUUUAGAUUUGUUCUGAAAGUGCUAUUUUUAUAACGUAUAGUUUGCGCUGUGUGUCAACGUUACGAGACAACGUACAAAAGAUUUAACCAUGACUAAUAACUACUACAGUCUUCAAUCGCGAACAAUGCCGGAUCUGGUGGCUAUUUUGGGUUCAGAAAAUGCCAAACAACAAAUUCCAAGGCAUUGUGGAAAUCUGGGCUACAAUGUUAAGCAAUACAGUAAUUGUCAGACACCGUACGUUCCGCAGAUGUACGGCAACUUUUAUCAAAAACAACGAUUCAUGCCUUAUCCGAAUCGCAACCAAAUUCCGCCCAAUCAGAGCAACCAUUUUCAGCAAAUGAGCACUAAUGUCAGCUAUACGAAUGGUAACGGAGCAGGCAAUAAAUCGCUGAACUCCUCGCUUAACAGCAGCUGUUCCGACUCUGGAAAGAACUCCACAUUUUACAGCGGUGGAAGCACCAACGGUAGCAAUUCUAGUAAUACCAGUCAGUGCAGCACAAGUAGCAGUGGUACAGGGACCGGAAGUGGAUAUAGUUAUCCUUGCGGAAUCAUGCAAUCCACGACCAUGGACACAAAAGAGAUGGUCGUACUGCAAAUAAGUAAUUUGGAUCCAUCAAUCGAUGAACACAAGAUGCAUCAAUAUUUGCUUUGUCAACUGAAAUCAAUUACGCCUGUUCUGUCGUUGACGAUAGAAAGCCCUUCGCUGGCGAAGGUCAAAGUUCCCUCGGCUCAAUUUGCCAAACUGGUGGUUGCAAAUCUUCAUCGUAAGAAGAUCGGCCACAAACGCAUGGUUGUUUCGUAUAUUAAAGACCCGUCGUCCGCAGAAUCAUCCGCCCUUCGUUGCCAGGUCGCUGGAUUACUGAAAGACGUUCCACUGUACAGUUUACCUAUCAAUAAGUUUCGCGAAUUGUUUCAAUCAAGGUUCAAAUCUUCGAUCAGCGUUUUGGAUCUUUAUCGCAUGCCAGACGUGUGCACCAUCACGCUGGAUAAAAAUGAGGAGAAAUUUAUUUGUCUGCAGCCGGAUGUGAUCAAUUCAUUGCAGAACAACCCACUGGUUGAGUCCUCACAACACAGUGUUCCAUACUGCAUAUAUCAUUUUAAACAAGAGAAGGAGAAGGGUUGGGCAGAGCAAGAAAUCGAGCCGUUGCCCAAUGUCGUGAUGAGCAUUAGUCAGCUACAGUCUGUUAUCUAUUCACUGCUUAAGACUCACAAGGAUGACAUACCCGUAGCUAGCAUUUUAUAUUGUAUUGAAAAUGAACUAAAGAUGAAGGUAACCCCGAAUGAGGCUGGAGUUCCACUAGAGCACUUGCUGUGUUGCAUCCGUGGGGUGCAAAUCGUGAACAACAAUUUUGGAAUCAAAGUGCUAACCUGGUUGGACCACGAACUCAACUCUAUCAAGGAUAACGAUGAUGCUUCAUCGGUAAACCUGCGCUACAUGCCAAAAAGUCCCAGCAAUGAUUUUCUGCAACAGAUUUCACGCGAGGUCGUCGAGCUAAUCAAGAUGUCUCCGAAGUCCACGAUGAAGUUCACCCGUUUUAUUCCAGCGUACCAUAAUCACUUCGGCAAGCAAUGUCGUGUUGCAGAUUACGGCUAUACCCGCUUGAUCGAGUUGUUCGAAGCGCUUUCCCCCGUGGUCCAAGUGAUGGGCGAUGGUGAGAACCGUCAGAUCACACUCACGCACCGUACUCAGAUACGGCGCUUCACUAGUGAUCUGUUGAAAAUUCUUCGAACACAGGUGUCAAAGUCGAUCUUGCUGUCGCAACUGCCGAUGAUAUUUUCCCAGGCCCAGAACAAGAUCUUUGAUGUUACGGAUUACGGGGUGUGCGAUAUCUUCGACAUAAUCGAUGGAUUGGUUUAUAACAACUCGAUCGUUACUAAAGUGUAUAACGAAACGGAUGUUUUGAUAUCGAUCGUGAAGCGGAAACAAACGGCAAUGGAGCUGGAAAAGACGUGCAUUUUUGCGGGAGAAGUCGUUGAGUUGUUCAAAAAUGCACCGCAAUAUUCUAUUUUAUUCAAGAAAUUCGUCAGAUCUUAUCACUAUCAUUUCGGAUACCAGUGCCGGUUAAGUGAUUAUGGUCUGAUGAAGCUAGCAGAUUUGUUGGAAACUAUAUCCGGAGUAGUUGAGAUGGAACAAAGUAAUGAUGAGGAUCGGAAAAUUUUCCUCAAUAGCCGCAUGGCAAGACGUAUUUUUGCCGAGCAGGUGCAGGACAUUAUCAAACAUUGCAGUGGGAACAGUGUUUCAAUGAUUCGUUUAAGUGAAAUUCUUAAUUUUCAUAAGAGCAAAUACGGCUACCAGCUUCAACCCUGUUGCCUAGGAUUUUCCAACAUGUACGAUGCCGUGAAGGCGCUUCCCUAUAUGGAAGCCUUUGAGUCUGGGAAUGACUGCAUCGUAAUAUCACAUAUGGAAGAUUCUGUGUUUCGUAUGCGAUCCUAUGCUGCUUGCCUGUGUAUUCUAGACUCAAACAGAGAUCGUUUGCCGAUUGGCGAUUUCCUGCGAAGCUACUUGACCAAAUUUAAAGAAAGUUUGACGGAGAAACAAAUUUAUGAUAUGAAGCAUGCUAUAACGAUUGAAUUAGAAAAGGGAAGCCAAACUGUGACGCUGACAGCGAUGAUGAAGUUUAUCGUUCGCAUCAUACAGGUGCUCAAGCAACGAAGCCCUAUGAAUCUGAUAGAUCUGAAGCAUGCUCUGAAUAUGUCGCUUUGCACGUGUUUUGAAUUUGGCUAUCCUAAUAUAUCUUCGCUUAUUGGGGCUUUUCCAGACGUAUUUGUCGCCAGCAACAAUUACGUUCAUGAGAGAGCUGACAUUGAACUGAAUCGUGACUGCAUUUUGAGUAAAGCAUGCUACUUUGGUGAUGAAAAAUCCUCUCUAAUGGGGGGAAGGGUAAGUUUAACUGCAACUAGCAGUUCCAUCCCAGCGAACAGCAAAAUGCUUGUAAACGAACAAAAAUUAUCCUCCGCUUCAAUGACUAACGACUUUAGAAAUUUGUUCUAUAGUCGUCAGGAGGCGAUUGCCCAGCAUCAAAUGCUCCAACAGCAGCAGCAGCAACAGCCUCAGCAGGUUCCGAAACCCCUUCAACCGCUGCAUCCUUCACAGCAGGUGAACCAUCAACCGCCGGUUCCGUUUUAUCCUAACAACCGUUUCAACACCCCAAUGUUGAACGGAAACUAUAAUAUGGCAGCAAUGGGUCCUUCUGCUACGGCUUCUUCGUCUUCUGUAGCCGCUGACAUGAUGACUAGUCAUAAUCAGUCGCUGAUUAUGAAAAACCACAACAAGGAGAACCUAUACUAUGGUUACGACGAAAUGCAACAGAUAAGACUGCAGCAGCAGUACCAACAGAUGCAGCAACACCCACAGCAAACCGCCAACUCGCAAAUAAAAUUUGCUGGGAUGGCCACGAAUAUGUGUACUGCUUCCAGUAACGUUCCCGCGAUGACCACGAACCUGUCCGGAACGGGACGAGAACAGUCACAGCUGAUCGGUACCAGCUCAGCAAUGUCUGUGGCGUCGACAGCCACCGCCAGUGUCCUGCAAAACUCCACGUGCAAAUUAUACGAACGUAGACAACAACAAUCAACUGCCAGUUUACAAUAUCUUAAUUGUAAUAGUUUGGGAUACGGACUUUUGUCGGAGUUUUACGAGCCACCAAAGCCGGACACGCCACCAUCUCGGAACAUUCCUUACUGGAUCGAUCCCAUCUGGACCAGUGAUUCGACUCCGGUUGCCGAAAACGAGCAACCAGCGGCAGCCACUGAUCAACUUCUCAACAUUCCGUUGCCACAACUGAAGACGUACAACAAGCUGCCGAUUAUUUUAACCCCUUAUGUUCUAUCGUUGACGAAGAGCUCGUCCUUUUCCUUCGAUCUCGAUAAAUCUAAACAGAUUUAAAUGAUGUCCCUUUGGCCCUUUGGGACCAGCACAUUCGCAGCACACGAAAGAAAGCAGUGACCAAAGGGAGACGGAGCUGAACAGAGCAACUCUCUUUCCUUCGCCUGCUGUAGUUCGGAAAAGGACAUUUUUUCUCUCAAUCAAAUCAAUUGCCGUCAACGACGCCGUUCCAUGUGUCACCUCAUAUUUCUACUCUCCUGAUGAACUUGAUGUUUUAUUUGACAUGUUGAGCAUUCUGUACUGUCGUAGGUGUCAAUUUAUGAUCCUUUCAUGAGGUUAACUUUUUUUAAGGUAGAUUGUUUAGUAGUUGAUGAUAUCAUUAUUAUUAUUAUUAUUAUUAUAGGUAUUAUAUAAAGCUAAAAGGUAUUUAUUUCUAUUUAUGAAGAAGAAAGAAUCGAAAAAUUUAAUUAUGCCAGGCAGCAUGUUUUAGGGAUCAGAGGUGAACGAUAGUGAUGAAAUAAUGAUCCUGUUAAUAGUAUAAUGUUAAAUUAGAAUAGAAUGGUAGCUAGGAUAUUUAAAGUAGAAGAGAAAUCCAGGACACAGUUUUUAAAAUUGAUGUGUGAAGAAGAAACGGUUUGCAUGAUGAUUCGAUUUUAGGUCGAUGGAAGACUAUGUGUAAAAGAUCGAGAUAUUUCCAGAUUUUUUAUGUUGAUAAUUUGUGCGGUGAUUAAUGUUAAUGAAUAUGUAAGCCGUUCAAUAAAUUGAGUUUAUAAAUUUG